AUGGAGCUAGAGGCACAUUUACAGAGCAGAGCAGAGCAGGCGCCAAGUCUGAUGGAGUCGGAGUCAAACAAAGUCGAAGAGAGCUCAAAGUCACAUGCAUUGUUUCAGCCUGAGGUGUCAUCCAUCCAUCCAGCUAUCCGGCGUCUUGAUGUCGCGAAAGCCAAGGAAAUUCUGCCGAGUCUCGAGUUCAUGCGCGCCUCGGUUCUUUGCAAGCAUAGCUUGGUUGGAGUUCUUUCUCCUCUCAGUAACCGAUCUUCUUUCUUGAAGUUACAAUCAACUGCCCUUCGUCCCCUCGCACAACUUCGAUACAUUAGACCCGAUUCUCAGCCCCGACUUUCAGAGGUUUUCAGUCGCAUACCAUGGCCGACAACAAAGGAGCAGGAGAGGGAGGUGGUAAACGCCGUAAGAAUAGAGAUAUGGGAAGGUCAGAAUGGAGGUAUCGGCGCCCCUAACCAAGGAAGCCGACAAGCCAUAGACAAACGACAGCGUCAGGAGCAACAGGCAGAGGCUAAGCGUCGCAAGAUUGAGAAUGGAGAAAAGAUUGAAACCCCGAUCUAUGCUACAGAAUUCACCAAAGAGGAGAUUGCCAAUGAAGAGCGCCGCCCGAAAAAGAAGGUCGCGAUCAUGAUGGGAUACUCUGGAACUGCUAUGGUCGCAGCCGGCGCAAUCUCCAAGGCCAACGCGCAGGACCCAAAAAAGUCCUCUUUCAUCCGCUGUGCUCGUACGGAUAAGGGUGUUCACGCCGCAGGAAAUGUUGUAUCUCUGAAGAUGAUCGUGGAGGAUCCCGAUAUUAUCCAAAAGAUCAACGAGAAGCUCAGCCCGCAGAUUCGUGUCUGGGGAUAUGAAGUUACCACUGGUAGCUUUAGCUGCUAUCAGCUGUGUGACUCUCGGGUGUAUGAAUACUUGAUGCCCAGUCACUGUCUUCUACCGCCACACCCCAGCACAUUUUUGGCCAGGAAGACAAUCGAGCUCGCCGAGAAGGCAGGUGAUCUCGAUGCUGUCAAUGCCAGACAAGAGGAAGUUGCAGGUUACUGGGAAGAAGUGGACGAAAAAUACAUCAAGCCCAUUUUGGAGGGUGUGCCAGAGGACAUCCGCAAAAUCGUUGAGAAGUCUCUUUAUCUUGACGAGCAGGAGUCACCAGACAACGAGGAUGAGGCGGCCCCUGCGGCCGCUGAACCAGAACCUCUUGCCGUGGAACCGGCUGAAGGAGAGGGUGCAGAAACUGAGCCUAAGCCCUUUGAGAUGGACCCUCGCCAACGCCUUAUUCUGGACACCAUCAAGGCUGUCAAGGCAGCGUAUAUUACUGCCAGACGAGCUUACCGUGUGCCUGAAAAACGCAUUGCUCGUAUUCAAGAGUGUCUGAACAAAUAUGUUGGAACUGUCAACUUCCACAAUUACACUAUUCAAAAAACCUUCAAGGACGCAUCUGCUAAACGUCACAUUAAGUCAUUCAAUGUGAACACGACUCCUAUUGUGAUCAACGGCACUGAAUGGCUAAGCAUGAAGGUUCACGGCCAAAGUUUCAUGAUGCACCAGAUUCGUAAGAUGGUCGCCAUGGCCACUCUGCUCGUCCGUUCUGGCUGCUCCCCAGACCGAAUCACAGAAUCAUAUGGACCCGAGCGCAUUGCAAUCCCUAAAGCUCCUGGUCUGGGACUAUUGCUUGAGAGGCCAAUCUUUGACAGUUACAACUCUAAAGCCAGUAGCCUGAGUCGCGAGCCCGUCGCCUUUGACAAGUUUACCAAGGAGAUGGAAGAAUUUAAACAGCGAGAGAUAUACGAUCGGAUCUUCCGCGAGGAGGAACAAAGCUCAGCGUUCGGGUCCUUCUUCAAUCACAUCGACCAUUUCCAGCUGGGAUAUUUCCUUUAUGUCACAUCUGGUGGGAUCAAAGCUGCCCAGCUAGUCACUGCGCCCUCUGCCGAUCCUAUCACGUCCAAGUCAUCAUCUGGUGGAAAACCCGGAAAGUCCCAGAAAGAUGCCCUUGCUGCGGUUGAGUCCGAGGGGGAGGAUGAUGGCAAGAUCACUAUUGAAGACAGUUGA